CCUUGGAUAGUUGCCAGCCAGGUUCAGAAUCAGCUCCAUGUGGUGCUGGUGCUGCUGUUUGGGGUUUUGAAGCUCUCGUUUAGCGUCCAGCAAUGAAGGAGGGCAGCCAGCGGUUGCUGGUACAGUUCAAAGAUGAGGGCGGGGAGAUUCUGGGGGCACCUUUAGAUGUUCCGGUUGACAUAACCCCCGACAAGUUACAGCUUGUGUGCAAUGUUCUGUUGCCUAAGGAUGAUGCCCCGCCUUUGGCCUUCUUCGUGCACGAGACGGAGAUUGUCACCUCGCUGGAGAAGACGCUGCAAGAGCAAAAAGUGGAAACGGAAAAUGUUAUCGACAUUAUUUAUCAACCGCAGGCAGUGUUUCGAGUUCGGGCUGUGACACGUUGUAGCAGCUCACUGGAAGGACACACUGAAGCGGUCGUUUCUGUGGCCUUCAGUCCAACUGGGAGGUACCUAGCAAGCGGAUCAGGAGACACGACUGUGCGGUUCUGGGAUCUAUCAACUGAAACCCCUCAGUUCACAUCUAAAGGUCAUAAGCACUGGGUAUUAAGCAUUGCCUGGUCUCCUGAUGGGAAAAAGCUGGCUUCUGGGUGCAAGAAUAGUCAGAUAUUCUUGUGGGAUCCCAGCUCAGGCAGGCAAAUUGGAAAGGUUCUGACAGGGCACUCAAAGUGGAUUACAUAUCUUUGCUGGGAGCCACUGCACAUAAAUCCACAGUGUCGGUACCUGGCCAGCGCGUCUAAGGACUGCAGCAUCCGCAUCUGGGACACAGUGCUGGGACUCUGUGAUAAGAUCCUGACAGGACACACACAGUCGGUAACGUGUGUAAAAUGGGGCGGUGACGGGCUCAUCUUCUCCUCCUCGCAGGACAGGACAAUAAAAGUGUGGAGAGCCCUGGACGGAGCUGUGUGCAGAACGCUUCAGGGCCACGCACAUUGGGUAAACACAAUGGCACUCAGCACUGACUACGUGCUGCGAACCGGGUCCUUUGAACCAGCCGAGGCUACAAUUGUACCGCAGGACAGGACUGAUUCCCUGGAAGACCUGAAGCAAAAGGCACUGCAGAGAUAUGAACAAACCAGGGGUCGGGAGCAGGAGAGGCUGGUUUCGGGGUCAGACGACUUCACACUUUUUCUGUGGACUCCUGCCGAGACUAAGAAACCCUUGGCACGACUGACGGGCCACCAAGCUCUGAUAAAUGAAGUCUGUUUCUCCCCUGACACUCGCCUUAUUGCCAGCGCGUCAUUCGACAAAUCAGUGAAGCUGUGGGACAGCAGGACUGGCAAAUAUCUGGCAUCGCUCAGAGGUCACGUGUCAGCAGUGUAUCAGAUCGCAUGGUCGGCGGACAGCCGAUUGCUGGCAAGUGGCAGCAGUGACAGCACUUUGAAGGUGUGGGAUGUGAAAACGCACAAGUUGUCUGUGGACCUUCCUGGCCAUGCUGAUGAGGUCUAUGCUGUCGAUUGGAGUCCUGAUGGGCAAAGAGUUGCGAGUGGAGGGAAAGACAAAGUGCUGAGAAUCUGGAGGUGGUGACGGCACGGAAUAUUUUGAAGAGUUUCUCUUUCAUUUGUUUCUCCUCUGGAUUUCACCGACGCAAACCAUUUCCAGCGAAACUUGCUUUGCCACUGAAAAUGAGCGUCGUUCAGCCCAGGAUUGGAGGUCACUGAUUCGCGAUGACUGAAUUAACCAAAGUCUGUUUUUGAUUGUAUUGGACUCCAGGUUUUAUUGGGUUGUUUUUUUUUGAGAGUCACAGUUCCACAGUUUUCUGUUUAUGUCUUCCUUCCCUGUCCUGCUCCCAAAGGACACCCCCCUGGAUCAAUAGCGUUGUGUGUGCUGAGUGGUGUGUAAUGUAUAAUCCUGCUGUGUGGGAGCCCUGUUAUCUCGUUGUGGUAAUCAGCUGGAUGCCUUUGCGUGGGUACAUAACGGGCCAAAAUGAAAAGCAUUGCCAGCAGGUCAGUGAUUUAUCAGCCUUUUUCAGCAUUUUAAUAGAUGUCACUGUAACAAAGGGAACACGCACGCUUCGCCAUGUGAUUAAAUCAACGUAGACCACAAAUGCGCAAGAAUCUAUAACUUGUGGAAUCCCUUAUCUCCCUCAUAGCUUCCUUUCUGUGUCUGAGGUUGGGGGGGAUAACAAAAAAGAAUCCCUGUGGUGCACAAUGACAACAUGCAUUUGUGUAGCUCCAUUCUGGCUCUGUACGCAUCUCCAGUUUAUACCCCAGGUUUGGUCCUCUUCCUUGUGUUGCAUAGACGACUGCGUUUCUGGAAGGAAGCUCAUCACCACGUCCUGAAGGGCAUUUAAAAGGUGGGCAACGAAUGCCAUCCCAGCCAGUGGGGCUCAUAUCCCGAGAAAAGAAGCAUGCGUUUAAAUUUCUGAAUGACCAGAAAAUUUGGUUUGUUUCGUGACAUUAGCAAGGAUCUGUUCUCAAUAAAGGCCCAGCUUUUAUUGCCAUGCUUUUUCCUGGAUGUGAGUUUGCUCGCUGAGCUGGAAGGUUAGAUUUCAGACAUUUCGUCAGCAUUCUAGGUAUAAUCAUCAGUGAGCCUCCGACGAAGCGCUAGUGUUAUGUCCCGCUUUCUAUUUAUCUGGUUAGGUUUCCUUGGGUUGGUGAUGUCAUUUCCUGUUCUUUUUCUCAGGGGAUGGUAGAUCGGCUCCAAAUCAAUGUGUUUGUUGAUGGAGUUCCGGUUGGAAUGCCAUGCUUCUAGGAAUUCUCGUGCGUGUCUCUGUUUGGCUUGUCCUAGGAUGGAUGUGUUGUCCCAAUCAAAGUGGUGUCCUUCCUCAUCUGUCUGUAAGGAUACGAGUGAUAGUGGGUCGUGUCGUUUUGUGGCUAGUUGAUGUUCAUGUAUCCUGGUGGCUAGCUUUCUGCCUGUUUGUCCAAUGUAGUAUUUGUCACAGUUCUUGCAAGGUAUUUUGUAAAUAACGUUUGUUUUAUUUGUUGUCUGUAUAGGGUCUUUUAAGUUCAUUAGCUGCUGUUUGAGUGUGUUGGUGGGUUUGUGGGCUACCCUGAUGCCAAGAGGACCGAGUAGUCUGGCAGUCAUUUCGGAAAUGCCUUUGACGUAGGGGAGGGUGUUUAUGGUUUCUGAGCCUGUUUCGUCUGUUUGUUUGGGUUUGUUGCUGAGGAAUCGGCGGACUGUGUUCAUAGGGUACCCAUUCUUUUUGAAUACGCUGUAUAGGUGAUUUUCCUCUGCUCUGCGUAGUUCCUCUGUACUGCAGUGUGUGGUGGCUCGUUGGAAUAAUGUUCUAAUGCAGCUUCGUUUGUGGGUGUUGGGAUGGUUGCUCCUGUAGUUCAGUAUUUGGUCCGUAUGUGUUGUUUUCCUGUAGACGCUGGUUUGAAGUUCCCCAUUGGCUGUUCGCUCUACUGUGACAUCUAGGAAUGGCAGUUUGCUGUUGUUUUCCUCCUCUUUUGUGAAUGUUAUGCCAGGAAGGGUAUUAUUGAUGGUCUUGAAUGUUUCCUCUAAUUUGUUUUGUUUAAUGAUGACAAAGGUGUCAUCCACAUAGCGGACCCAAAGUUUGGGUUGGAUGAUUGGCAGAGCUGUUUGCUCGAGUCUCUGCAUUACUGCCUCUGCUAAGAACCCUGAUAUCGGAGAUCCCAUAGGUGUACCGUUGGUUUGCCUGUAGGUUUUGUUAUUGAAAGUGAAGUGGGUGGUGAGGCAUAGGUCCACUAGCUUGAUGAUGUUGAGGUUGCUGGUGCCUGGUGUAUGUGUCUUUGGUUCUUCUAAUAGUGUAGUCAGUGUUUCUUUGCCCAGGUUGAUGUUGAUGGAUGUGUACAGGGCUGUUACGUCAAAGGAGACCAUUAUUUCAUCCUCUUCUAUCGUGGUGUCUUUGAUGGUGUUCAGGAAUUCUUGGGUGGAGCGAAUGGAGUGGUGGGAGUCUUCUACUAGGUGUUUUAGUCUUUGGUGUAGUUCCUUGGCUAAUCUGUAGGUUGGUGUUCCAGGUAGCGAGACUAUGGGUCUGAGGGGGGCUCCUGGUUUGUGAAUUUUUGGUAGUCCUUAGAAGCGUGGUGUGUUGGAUCCAUCUGGUUUCAUUUUUUGGAACUCUCUCUUCCAAACCAGUCCCAUCCUGGGACCCAGCGCUAAGUUGUCCUCUUGGAACUGCUGUGGUCCUUGAUAUACAGGAACAACCAUAGUGCUGUUAGGGAGGGCCUCAAAGGACAUGGACCCAGUGAUAAGGCAAGGAACUGUGUGAAAAUCGCUUGGAUUCUAUUAAUGUAAAACAAAGUCCAGAGGAAGUUGAAAAUUUGAAGCAAAAACAUAAAUUGCUAGAGAAAGCCAACGGCAUCAGUGGAGAGGGAAAAAUGGAGUUAACGUUUUGAGUCCGAUGACCCUUUUCCACAGCUGAAUUACUCCAGCAAUUUCUGUUUACUAAUAUUUGACUCAUGUAACUGCAGGGAACAUUGCGGUACAGUCAAUGAAACCAACUGAAUAUGUGGAGGUAGACCUUUUGUGCUAUAAUGACAAAAAUUAACUACUCCAUCCUCUGUGUGAUUUGUCUCUCCUUUAUUGUAAAAACAUUACUGUAAUCCCAUUGUAAAUUGAGAAUGGUGUGGUUAGUUUUCUGCAAAGCGCACAUGGACCUGUUAUAUUACCAAAAACUGUUAUUCUCAGAAGACUUGCAGUGGACAGUUUAAAGGCAAGCUAUAACAUGAUUUUACUUGCAUAAAAAUAAACCAUUUUAUUUGAAACAA